CGGCCGCUCAUCGAUUGCAUUCCGCAGUUGGACGACGGCAGCACACUCUGCUUCUCACUGACGCCGCCGGCCACGCCUCUCCCCCUCCGAGCGCCGCCCUGCUCGCCGCCGCCGCCGCCGCCGCCUACGAGCUGCGGCUCCUGCCCCCACUGCGCGCUGCAGAGCUCGCGCGGACGGGUUCGGCGCGAUGGGGGACGACGGGGCGGAAGGGGAGGCGCCGCGCUGCGUCGGCUGCGGCCGGCGCGUGAGGACGCUCUUCGUGCAGUACUCCCCGGGCAACAUCCGUUUGAUGAAAUGCGAUGUCUGCAAGGCUGUCGCCGAUCCCUACAUCGAGUGUGAAUUCAUGAUUAUCUUGAUCGAUCUGAUUCUACACAAGACCAGGGCUUACCGGCAUCUACUGUUCAAUAAGCUGCACAUUGGUUCAUCUCUUGACAAGGGAAUACUGUGCCAGUUCAUUCUGAUGCAUAUCGUUCUUGAUGCUUUCAGAAUAUCAGUUUCAAAAAACAACAAAGCUGAUGGGGAUUCGUCCAGGAGCACAUUGUCCACAAUUUGCAAUUGCAGCGAGGUUCUGGGUGAUGCAUUGUUAGGGAACAUCAUAUUUACGGCCAUGUUACUCCUGGGAGUACGAUAUAUCCUCAAAUUUUCUUUUGACAUUACAAGGUAUCGACAGAUUCUGUUAGCCAUCAUCAUUUCAAGCUAUUUCAAGUUAUUUCUUCUGACAAUGAUGGUUUGGGAGUUUCCAUCAUCUGCUAUAUUCAUUGUCGAAGCAUUUGUUCUCUCAUCAAAUGUUGUAGCCCUGAGAGUGGUGACGCGGUUCCCAAAAGCCCACUGCGUUGGUGUCUGCUUCAUGGCGCACGCGGCAAAGCACUUGACGGAACGGUGGCUCAUGUGGACACCAUGAACAUGAAUUCAUCAAGACUUGCCGCCAUCUUACUCCAAGUGUUCGUGCAGAGUCGAUCUGGACCACGCCGGAACUGGAGAGCGGGGAGCUGUCCUGCUGGCCUCUGUACUGAGACGCCACAGGUUGAGCGAUCGUCUCCGGUGAGCGUACGCCUGAGAGAGUGAAGAGGCAGGCGGUCUGGGGAGAUGGGCUGUCCCUUUCGCCUACUUAUGGCCCAAGUAGGAGUAGGUAUUUGCCCUGUCCGUUCACGCCCGGAAGUGCGUCAGCCGACAGGGCCUCUCUACCUUGCGACCACACGUGCAAAACGCACAACUCCAGUGUCUGUAUGUUUGCAUGUCUCCGUUCUUUUUCAGUCUGGUUUUAUUUACACCCGUUGUGGAAAAGAAAAAAAGAGCUUCCGGGUCGACGCGACGCACUUCCGCAGA